AUGAACACCGCGAAAUGUAUUUCCAUUAAACACGUCUCAACUUCUGAACAUAAUGAGAAGGUAGUGAUAAUCAGUGUAGCUGGUGCAUUCCGUAAAGGAAAGAGCUUCCUUCUGAAUUUCUUCCUCGAAUACCUCUACAAUCUACACAAAUCUCAACAAAGUGAUAGUUCACUCGAAUGGUUGACUGAUGAUUGUCAACUACAUGGAUUUCAUUGGAGAGCCGGAGUCAAGAGGGAUACUGUAGGCAUCUGGCUAUGGGGUGAACCAAUUAUGAUCGAAUCGGUGACGGGAGAAAUGUUCGCUGUUCUAUUGAUGGACACCCAGGGAACAUUCGACAACAAUUCAACAUAUCAACAAUGUAUGACGGUUUUUGCACUAUCCACAAUUGUUAGUAGUGUACAGAUAUACAACGUAGUGGACAAUAUUCAAGAAGACGCUCUUCAACACCUCUCACUUUUCGUGGAAUACGGUAGAAUGGCUAUGGAACAACCACAUAAUUUUGGGAAGCCCUUUCAGCAAUUAGUAUUCUGUGUCCGAGAUUUCAAAAAUCAAGAGGAAUACGAAUUCGGUGAAAACGGGGGAACCGACUUCCUCGACAACAUUCUGCAAACGAAUCCAGAACAACCGGAGGAAAUAAAAGCAGUUCGCGAGUUGUUGAGAGAGUAUUUCGAGGAUAUUCAGUGUUAUUUACUCCCACAUCCUGGAUAUAAAGUUGCAGAACGACAGAGUUUUAGAGGGCAUGUUAAAGAUCUCCGCCCACUCUUCCGUGAAGAACUCAAGAAAAUGGUUCCCAACCUACUAGGACCCCAUAAUUUGAAACCGAAGAUAGUCAAUGGAAAGACUGUAACAUGCCGUAAAAUGAUACAAUAUUUCAAAGAAUACGCGGCAUCAUUCGACGGAGAAACCCUUCCACAACCACAAAGUAUUCUGAAUGCAAAUGCAAAGUUGAUAUGUAUUGAGGCGGCGCAUGAAGCGAAAGUGAACUAUUGUCGUGGAAUGGAUAGAUCCACGUAUGGAACAAGAAUGAUGUCAGAGAAGAAGUUGUUGGAAGCACAUAUUAAACAUGGAAUCACUGCAUUGAAUAUUUAUGAUAAAUGCCCCAAAAUUGGAUCAAAAGAAGUCAGAAGUCUUCUACUCGAAAAGCUUCAGGAGGAUAUUAAUGCAGAACUGGAACGGUACAAAAGAUUAAACGAGGCAAAGAGAGUAACAGGAUGUGCAUCUGCAAUGUUGGCAUGUGGAGAUUCUGUUUUUCUGGGAAUCGGAUUGGGAAGUGCUGCCAGUGGAGCUAUUGCAGGUGCAGUUCUAACCCUGCAAGCAGGCGUCGUCAGUCUGGGAAUUGUGGCCAUCCCAAUAUCUCUGACAACUCUAUUCUUCAUUUGGGCAUAUGUUUGGACGAAACCGUGCUUUGAGAAGAUUACGAAUAAGAAUAAAUAG